AUGGAGAUAAAUACAUAUUUACUUCUCUUACAGCCUGUGAAAAAAGUAGCCCCCAUAAGUAAAGACCCGAAUGUUGUUGAGACUCAGGAAGAAGAAGAACAAAUUUUGAAAGCCAUCGAACUAUCCCUCAAAGAUUCCAGUUCACCUAGAACCAUCUCUACAUCAAGCUAUAAUCCGCCCCUCUAUCCCUCAGUCAACAUGUCAACCGGCAUAACAAAUGCUAAUGCAGCCUCUUCUGUAUCAGGCGCUCCCAAGGAACUAAAGAAAGUUAGAGCUUUGUACGAUUUUGAGGCAGCUGAAGAUAACGAAUUGACAUUCAAUGCUGGAGAAAUUAUUUGUGUAACUGACGAUUCUGAUCAAAACUGGUGGAAAGGAAGUAAUCAAAGAGGCGAAGGACUUUUUCCUGUUAAUUUUGUGACUGCUGAUCUUGAUGUAGAACCAGAAAAAAUUCUGUAUGAAAAAGCCAAAAAAAUGGUACAGUUUAAGGAAACGGCUGAGGUAAAAGAGGUGAAAGAAGAACCAGAAGAAGUAGAGAUUAAUGAAGAAAAAAUUAAUAGACUGUUGCAUUUGCUGCACGAAGCUGAUCCUACAAAUCCUGAAAAGGAUACGGAAGAAAUGAUCAACUUAGAAAGGGAGGCUAAUAAUAUGGGACCUCUAAUAGAUGCUGAAUUAGAAAGAGUGGAUAGAAAACAUGCACAGCUAACUCAACUCAGCGCUGAUCUUGUUGAAGCUUUAGGACUUUAUCAUACCUUAAUGAGAGAACCUCAGUUUCUUCCAAUCAAUAAAAUGAACUAUGGAUAUCAGCCUGUUUCAACGCCAAUGUCUUAUAAUGGUAACGAUCCACAACAUAUGUCUAUGCCGAUGAUGGGCCCCCCUCCUGGCUUGGUUCCAUCUCUAGACAGACCUCCUUUCAUGGUUCCUACAGGAUUACCACCAGGUAUGCAUUACCCACAUAUGCCGCCAGUUGGAUCGGGUCAUUUACCUCCACAAGGACAGUUACCACAGAUGCCUCUGCAUGUACAUCAGCAGAUGAUGGAGGAUAGACGGAUUGAAAGAAUGGAACAUUACUCUGGUCCUGG